AUGACUUCCCUCUGGCCUGGCAGAGCGGGCACCCGCCGGCCAGUGGACCCAGCCCCGACUCAGAGCCAGCACUCAGACUCGCUACAUCAUCCCCGUGCGGGAUCCACCGGCCGACGACUUAGCGGCGCCUCGAGAGUGCCGGAACCCAACAUUUCGGACAGGCGAGCUCAGAUCCAGGCCGACUCGAGCUCGUCCGAUGAAGACCUUCACCCGUCGCGCCAUCCAUCGCGGCCCCGCCACAGGCGCUCCGUCAGCCAUCCGUUCCCCUCGCUAUUCUGGAGCGGCAAGAAGGUGUCUGGCACUAUGAGACGCAGCGACGAGUCCGAAACAGAUUCGGCUAGGGAGCCCUCAUCGUCAUCAAAGGCCAAGGCCAAAGCGCCGCCGCAUUCACGGGGCCAUCGCGAUGGUUCUUCACUCGGCAGUAACGACUUUGCUACGGGAAAUUGCAUGACGUGCGGGGCGCUGGUGCGCUGGCCAAGCGAGCUUCAGGUGUUCAGAUGCACCAUAUGCUUGACUAUUAAUGACUUGGAACCGGCCGGCGGGAGUUCCAGGCGGGAAGAGGGUCGAGAGGAGACGUUCGUGGCCUUGAGCAAGAAGCCAUGUUCGGAUAUUAGGACGAUAUCUCUUGCGUACACCAAAGCUCUGAUCGACCAAUCUCUUCGCUCUUUUAUAGCGUUUGCUUUGAAACGGGAGGUAACUCGAUCCGCCGUCGAUGACCAUGUAACUCCUGCGGCUCCUUUCUAUCCGCCCCCGGAACCUCCGAAAGCGAACGGGGAUCCCGUCGCACCGCCCGCCAAGCUCUGCACCUCACUACCUGACCAUCCGGGGACUUACGAGCCCCGUUCGGCGCCUGGCAGCUCUGGGGAGCCACCUCAGCGCCGCUGGGCUGCUGACUGGACCACCACCACACAGCGGCGUUACUCCACAUCGUUUCCCGAGAGGAGACCAAAUCUCCCCGACGUAGACAUCCAGAAUCCUAGGGGCCAGCGACCACAGCCGCCUCCAAGCCCAAGAGGAGAGAGUGACAGUGUGUUCAAAGCGCUAGAAGAUUAUAUUGUAGCGUGUAUCACUUCAUUCGACUGCCUCAAUUCCUCUUUCACCACCUAUCGAACUCCUCCCAACAUCCAACAGGAUGCCAAUGACGCUAGGCGUCGCUCUCCACCCAGGCAUCGCCCUUCCCGGCGUCUUUCCGAAUCUCGAAGAGAGUCGCACAAAAGCAGUCGCUCCGUUCCCUCCGUUCCCGAUCUAGACCCGAAGCUUCUCUUGCUUGGAGAUUUCGCAGAAAAUGGCAGCUGGUGGUGUCAAGACGAAGUGAAACCAGCCAGAACCCUGUCGGGCAGAGGCCAGAACGGCCGCUCACCCGUGAGUGCGACCAAUCCACGAAUAGAGUGGCUGGAGCUGGAAGAGUGGUAUGCCACCAUCAUUCACCCGGCAUGGUCAUGGUUUAAGGUCUACGACGACUUGGUCAAGCUGGACCCUACCCUUACCGCAUCUAAUGAUUCGCUGCGUGACAUUGAAGCCCAGCUGCUCGCCAGCCAAGACCAAGUUCGGAAUACGCUCCUAAGGGCGUGCGAGACAGUCCUCAAGCGUCCUGGUCGGCGCAUCACCGAACCCCACGAGCUCCGGUUCCUACUCAUCAUUACAGCAAACCCUCUUUUGCACUCAUCAUACAAGCCCUUUGUUGGCGGACACUUUCAUUCCGCAGAAGACGACUUGAACCGAACCAGUUCGCUCCAUCGAGGUACCGGGCCUUCCUCUGGACGUCAUUCUGGAAUCAUCAAAAGAAUUGCUGGCCUGAUUUCGAACGCUCCUGCCGAGUGUCAUAACCACCUUGUGGCCUGGGUUACCAGGUACCCUGACUUGUUGUUCGUUCAGACCAAGGAUCUGUUCUCUGAGUUCCUAGUGUACCGCUUGGUUCGCCAGAACCAGAAGAAAUACGAACCCGUAGUCGAUAUCACGGGCGGUCUAAUUCCUAGCAUAGGGGCCGGCCAGUCCGUGGCAUCGCUCCACGCCGCGUUGGGUCACAGGCCCGGAGGCUCAAACAAUAAGCGAAAAGGGGAGCCCAAGAAGAUCGUAUUUCAGGAGGAUUGGCAGAUAAAAGCCGCUGCACAAGUCCUUGGCUUGGUAUUUACGGCUAACAACAUCAGCCGUCACGCUCGGCGCGGACUUCCCGGCAGCCUGGAGAGCAGUGGCCCGGAACGGCCCCGCAGACGGGGCCAAUUCCUCGCUACUAGCGAUUUCUACGUAACCCUACUUGACGAAUUGGAUCUCGUGGCUGACUUUGACGCGUGGGAGCGGAAUAAAGGCCGGUUUUCCUUUUGCUAUUAUCCGUUUCUCUUGACCAUCGGCUCCAAGAUCCGGAUUCUGGAAUAUGAGGCACGACGGCAAAUGGAGAGCAUAGCGAGGGAUAUAUUCUUUGACAACAUCCUGAACAACCGAGGGAUCCAGCAACACCUGGUACUUAAUAUCCGUAGGGAAUGCUUGGUCGAGGAUAGCUUGAAGGCUGUGAGCGAGGUGGUUGGCGGUGGCGGGGAGGACAUCAAGAAGGGGCUGAAAAUCACCUUCAGGGGUGAGGAAGGAGUUGAUGCGGGAGGCUUAAGGAAGGAAUGGUUCCUUCUUCUUGUCAGGGAGGUGUUUAACCCUGACCAUGGCAUGUUUCUCUACGACGAAGACUCCCACUACUGCUACUUCAAUCCCAACUCCCUCGAGCCCUCGGAACAGUUCUUCCUCGUCGGCGUAGUCAUCGGCCUGGCCAUCUACAAUAGCACCAUCCUAGACGUUGCCUUUCCACCCUUUGCCUUCCGCAAGCUCCUGCUUGCCGGCCCACCCCCAUCCAUCCCCACCUCCCAACCGCGCCAGACAAUGACUUACACCCUCGACGACCUAGCCGAAUACCGCCCCCGCCUCGCUCAUGGGCUUCGCCAGCUGCUCGAGUACCCAGGCGAUGACGUCGAGUCGACCUUUGGCCUCGACUUUGUGAUUGACACGGAACGCUACGGCUCCAUCGAGCGCGUUGCCCUUCGCCCCAAUGGCGACCGCCUCCCCGUCACCAACGCUAACAGGCACGAGUACGUCGACGCCUAUGUCAGGUAUCUCCUCGACACAGCCGUCUCCCGGCAAUUCGAGCCGUUCAAGCGCGGCUUCUUUACCGUGUGCGGGGGCAACGCCCUGAGUCUGUUCCGCCCUGACGAGAUUGAGCUGCUCGUGAGAGGGUCCCAAUCGGACGAGAAACUGGAUGUGGCCGCGCUUAAGGCCGUGGCCGAGUACGAUGGCUGGUCGCGCGUGGCCACAACAGCCACUUCCAACAAUCCUGCCGUGGGAGGCAGAAACAACAACAGCAACAACAAGAGGCCGGUGAAACAUCAACUGCCGGACGAGGAGCCCACCGUCAGAUGGUUCUGGGAGGUGUUUGAGGGCGCCGAGGUCGCGGACCAGCGGCGCCUGUUGGCUUUUAUCACGGGCAGCGAUAGGAUCCCCGCCAUGGGCGCCGCCUCGCUGAUCGUCAGGCUUGUCUGUGCCGGCGAAGACUGCGGCCGGUUCCCCACGGCCAGGACGUGCUUCAAUACGUUGGUCCUGUACAGGUAUGAGACGAGGGAGAGGUUGGAAGCCAUGCUGUGGCGGGCUGUGCGGGAAAGUGAAGGGUUUGGGCUGAAGUGA